AUAAGGCUAGCCCAAUGGCCAUGGAUUUUAUUAUAUAUAUUUGGAUGUUUGAUUGGAACUCUUUAGUAUUGAUUUGAUAUCAUAUGAAAUUAUUAUCAUGGCCUCAACGAAACUACUAUUAUUUGCUGGCCUGGUGGUCAUUAUGACUGACUACUGCUGUGCGGGACUCCUGGACGAAGUUGUCCCCACCAUCAUAACUGAGUUUUAUAGUCAAGCACCAACAAAGGAGGGAUAUCGCUUUAACUCGGAGGAGCCUAAUGGCAGCAAACGAGAAGAAGUAGGAAUGAUUCUUAACCCGGGCACCGAAAAGGAGGAACUCGUUGUGAUGGGCUCCUACUUUACCCACGACGAGAAAACAGAUACGGACACCGUGACUAUGUAUACGGCCGACAAAAAUGGCUAUAAAGCACGCUAUGAAAUUAAGAAUAGAAAACUGAGUGGCGGCGCCCUUAAGACUGCAGCUGGAUAAAAAGUAAAGGAUUAAAACAAAAACUAAAAAAAUUAAGUAAAUUAAAUUAGCAAUGUACAGAAGUACGAAAUACAUUGUAAAUAUUAGAUAUUUAAAGAAAUAGAAAACACUAUACCAUAAUUAUAACCAUAUAUUAACCGAUUUGUUUCGGUUUUAUUUACUGAGGGUAAUCCGUUCGAAAUGGCGUUUAAAAGGUAGUAUAUAAAGUCUUCUGCUUCAGGAUAUCCGUUAUUGUAAGAGACCUAUUCUACGAUGGCCUCCGCAAAAUUGCUUCUUUUCGCCGCAUUGAUUGUCCUUAUGGCAGUCAACUGUUCCGGUGGGAUUUUGGAAGCUAUUAUUUCCCCCAUUAUAGAGACAGCUGUGGGAGUCUUGGAUCCGGGCACCAAUUCAAUCCAAGUCACGAAUGAGACCCCUGAAAAGCAGGACCGUUAUGAAGAGAAAAAUAGACAACUGAGUGCGAGCUCCCUCAAAGCCGUGGCUGGAUAAAAUAAGAAAAUUAAAAGUGUAAAUAAUAAAUAUGUAGAAAUGUUUUCAAGAACAUUUUAAAACGAA